GAGGAGGAGACGUGCGCCUGCGCGUGGCAUCUCCUUCGCAUCCGGGCCGGAGUUCUCCUGCCCCCUCCCCCGCCCGGCGCCGCCGUAGCACUUCGGUGCGUUGCACCGCAGGGGUCUAGGCAGUUCGGUGCGCGGCUGAGCGCUGGACCCCACCCGGUGGGCGACGGAACGCGUGCUUGCGCCUGUGCUCCUGUGUUCGUGGGCCCUCGCCGCUGCACCGUCGGGAAUUGGGGAGGGGGCUGCGGUGCGGCGUCCAGCGCGUUCCCGCAGCCGGCCCUUCCCCGCAGGCAGCCCGCACCUUGGAGGGAGGCACCGGCGCGGUCAGGCGGGGAAAUGAGCUUCUUCGGCUUCGGGCAGAGCGUGGAGGUGGAAAUCUUGCUGAAUGAUGCGGAGAGUAGGAAGAGAGCAGAGCACAAGACAGAAGACGGGAAGAAGGAGAAAUAUUUCCUCUUCUACGAUGGGGAGACCGUCUCGGGGAAGGUGAGCUUAUCUCUGAAGAACCCCAACAAGCGACUAGAGCACCAGGGCAUCAAGAUCGAGUUCAUUGGGCAGAUUGAACUCUACUAUGACCGUGGGAACCACCAUGAGUUUGUGUCCCUGGUGAAGGACUUGGCUCGGCCGGGAGAGAUCACCCAAUCACAAGCCUUCGACUUUGAGUUUACUCACGUGGAAAAGCCGUAUGAGUCCUACACAGGGCAGAACGUGAAGCUACGCUAUUUCCUCCGAGCAACCAUCAGCCGCCGCCUCAAUGAUGUUGUCAAAGAGAUGGACAUUGUAGUUCACACCCUUAGCACGUACCCCGAGCUGAACUCAUCCAUCAAGAUGGAAGUUGGGAUCGAGGACUGCCUGCACAUUGAAUUUGAGUAUAAUAAAUCCAAAUACCACUUGAAAGAUGUCAUUGUAGGGAAGAUAUACUUCCUGCUGGUGAGAAUCAAAAUCAAGCACAUGGAGAUAGACAUCAUCAAACGGGAAACGACAGGCACGGGUCCCAAUGUGUACCACGAGAACGACACCAUAGCGAAGUAUGAGAUCAUGGACGGGGCUCCAGUCCGAGGUGAGUCCAUCCCCAUCAGGCUCUUCCUGGCAGGAUAUGAGCUCACGCCCACCAUGCGGGACAUAAACAAGAAGUUCUCUGUGCGCUAUUACCUCAACUUGGUGCUGAUAGAUGAGGAGGAACGGCGCUACUUCAAGCAGCAGGAGGUGGUGUUGUGGCGGAAGGGUGACAUUGUACGGAAGAGCAUGUCCCACCAGGCAGCCAUUGCCUCACAGCGCUUCGAGGGCACAAGCUCCCUGGGUGAGGUGCGGACCCCUGGCCCACUGUCUGACAACAACAGCAGGCAGUAGGCCCCAGGGGCCAAGAAGCUGCCCGGCUUCCACUGCGGCACCCCCAUCUACCAAACACCAGCGACUGGGGGAGGGGGAGGACUGUGUGAGGCUCCGCUGACCGUUUCUUGCAACCUUGAAAACAAAUCAUGUUUUUUACUUAAAUUCUUUUCGCUGAAGAACCUAAGGGACUUGGGUUGGGCAGCAGUGUCCCUGGGAUUCUGCAGCCUAGGUAGGGAUACGGAGAGGAACCAUUCUGGAAUCUGGUCUCUCCCAUGGGAAUGAGAGCUGUCUGUCAAGGCUAUCUCAGGCUGUAAAGCAGAGUUGAGAGCACACAUCCUUGGCUCCAGGUUCUCUGGGCUUCCUGAGACAGAAGCUGAGCACGUCCCUGGCAUUCACCCGCCAGCAGAGCUCUGGGUAGUCAUGUCUUACACGCCCUUUGGCGGUUCCUGAGGUAGUGGCAGAAGUUGUUGGGCCUGUUUCAUCUAAGUUGAAGAAGACUCAAGAUUGGGACGCUACCUCUCUGGGCAUCUGGGACGUGGUGCUCUGAAGUUUCCGGUCACCUCUGGCUCCUCACUCUGGGACCAGACACGUUUCUUCUCCAUUUUCUAUAGCUUAUCAGGAACCACACAGGAGCAGAGCCUAAGGAAGGGUCUGAGCUGACUGUCCUCACUUGUGAGAAAUCUGGGCUUAGAAAAGUUCUGAGACUGGUGUCACACAUGGAUGGCCAGGAGGCUGAACUAGGUCUUCUGGGGGAAACAUCAGGCAAGACAACUGUCUGCCUUCCCCACAUGACUCCACGUGGCAACCCAAGGGCUGGGUUGUUCUAGGGAAUUAUUUUAAGUUACCACAAGCCCUAAGCAGAGGGUCUGUUUCCUUUAGUUAAGAUCGUUAGAAGAGGCUGAGAUCCAUUUGCCUCCCUGAACGUGAUCUGUCGUUACUCCUUGUCCUCCACCUGAUUUCUGGAAUUGAGCUUGGAUUCAGACAAAGUUUUAUUCUUGCCUCCUCCACCCCAACCCCUCUCAUCCCACUAUCUACACAUUAAGGGAGGAAGACUGUCACAACUUCAGAAUAAUUCUGCUUGCCAAAUUAUGUCCUUAUCUUUACCAGUUCACCGACUCAAGUUUAGGACCACUGUUUGGUUUUGGUUUUUGUAAUUUGAAAACACCAUAGGAAAACUCUGGUGGAUUUUGUUACACUAGAGAAGAGGCAGUGCUUCCUCCUACUGUGUUAGGGCCUGCAAGUAGUAAAGAGGUUGAUUGUCUUAUCUGCCUUUUCUGGGAAUGACCAGGAAUUAUCUUCCAUUGGCUGCCCUCCCCGCUACAGAAAGAUCAAGUGGAACCGAUGUUCAACAAGUACGGUAUUUGCUGUGUUCUUGGUAAUCUGGGAAGUAAAGGAUUUGUUCCUAUGUCAUCUUUCAGUUACUGUAGAAAAUGGGGUCUUGUCCUCAGAAGUCAGUGCAAUCUUAGACUUUGACAGGGCAAGGCCAAUGGGUCAAAGUUCAGAUGAAAGGCGCUUGGGGUGACUGGGGGUAGCAGAGCUAAGUAAAUUUUUCCCCAUGACAGACCCCAAAUUUAGGUGUAACAUACAGUCCCCAUGGGAAGAGGUUCACCUGCCCAGCUGCCCUUGGGUAUCAAAGCUGGGCCCUAGCGUAUGAAGGAGGCAGGUUCUGUGCUCCUGCCUUUUUCAGGGUAUGAGACUAGACUCUGCUGUGCCUCCUUCUAAUAGCUAAUUAAAAGUAUCUGUCAAUUUCUCUGCCUCCCAGCUGACAACACAAAUCCAUUUUCCAACUUUGCUAACAUCUUAAGCCUUUCUUCUGAGAGAACUAGAAGGUAGAAUGUGCUGUUUCUCUCAGGAGCUGUGCACAAGCCAGGUCUUGCUUUCUUUGACUGCUCCCAUUUUCUUUUCUGCCAACUGUGAAAGUGUGGGGGAGGCUCCUAUCCCCAUCCUGUGAGGUUCCCAAACCUGGAGUGCAUAGGUACUAAACCAAGCAGUGCAACUUGUAAUUAAGAAACUGCAGUGUUUACAUGAUUCUUAAUGUGUUGUCUUUUCAAUGGCUGUAUUUUAAAAGAACAUUUGUUUUAAUGGUGUCUCUAAUUAAAGGAAGCCCUGUGGCUUUGGAGGCAUUGUGCCCAUGAUCCACCA